UAUAACUGCCAUAAAUGAAUCCUGAAAAGAUUUUGAGGCUCAUUAUACUGAUUACUUGUGAAAGUAAAUUAGAAGAAAAUGUCAAGAAGAUUGCUCGUUUGAGGAACGGUAGUGACAUCUAGCAUCGCAUUUAUUUGUCGGCUGUCAACUGGCUUCCUGUCGUAAUGGAGUUGCGUAUUAGACAGAAAUUGGGCUUCACACAUGGUCGCCAUUUUCGAGCUGAAAAUCGGUGAUUGUGUUUGUUGAUGCUCUAAUUGAGCCGGCAUUUCUUUUGCUGAUUAAAUAAAUUUUAAUUGUGUGAUCUCAUUAUGAUCAACUACAUAUGUUGCAUCACGAUAAUUAUUAUAUUUUCUUUGUGAAUCUAAGAGCACUGGUAGAAUUCCACUGUAAAGUGAAGUGUACAAAUUGCAUACUUUACGUAAAGUGCAUUUCUAUCAUGGCUGAGAGUGACAAGACGUUAAUUGAUGAUGGUAAUCUUAGCAACAAUAAUCGGAAAAAUAGUGCUCCAAAUAUUGUUCCACAUACAUCGGGAACUGUGCAUCCAGAUACACACCCUACACAUCAUGCUGCAGUUAGUGAACCUUCGACAUUAAAAAGAAAACAAACUUCUUUUCAAAUUACUAGUGUUACCGUAAAAGGAUCGCGUUUAAGUACUGAUGGUGGUGAGGAUAGUGCUGAUGAUUUAGAUGAGAGUCACACGGAAGAUGCAAGUUCAGAUAUUUUGGAUUGUUCAAGAACCACCGAUGUUGACAAUGACCAGUUGUCGGAAGACACUAACAACACCAACAACGAUGAAACGUCAUCUCAUGCUCCAUCCAUUCCUGUUAAAUGUAAAAAAGAACUGCCAGUCAAACAAGAUAAACAAAAUGAUAAUGUUGCUAAAUUUCCAUCCGAAGCUUCCAAAAUUGUAAAAUCUAAUUUGCCAUGUGAGAAUACUCAGACUGACUGUGUGAAACCUCCUGCCCUUCCAGAUCAAUGGCAGCACAGGUUUAGAGUUGUAAAAAUUGUACGUAGUGAACCGUUUAAGAGAGGCCGUUGGGUGUGUAUGGAUUUUAUGGAUCCACCUGCUCCUGUAACAGAAGCUAAAGUUGAAAUUGUAGAAACAGCUGUUAGUGCUAAUGUUCAGUUAAUAGGUUCUUUAUCAGAUAAUAUACCUGCUGAUAAAAUUGCACAUAUAUACGAAAUUUCACCCAGUGAAAUGUCGGAUAGUGUGUCAGUAGCUGCUGGUUCUGAUCGGAAUCAACAACCAAUGUAUGGAAUAUUUCUUCCCCUUAAUAAUGGCCAGUAUCCACUUAUUACAGGUAUGCAUUCAAGAGUUUUACAACCAUUGGAAAGAGAAGUAAAGCCUCAAGAAUCAGCACAAUCUAUUGCAUCUGGUGAUCGAACACUUCACCAGCAACACAGUACGUCUAAAUUGUCUCAACCUCAAAAUGUCAGUCCUCAACAAUCGCAGAACAUAGCUGCCAGCUUGCCACAGUCACAAAGUACGACUGCUUAUGUACAGCAAUCCCAGAAUAUUUCAACUAAUUUACAGCAAUCUCAAAAUGUUGCCUGUAAUACUCAGCAAACACAAAAUGUUAUGCAGCAACCACCAUGUAGUUCAGCAAGUAGACAGCAAUCUCAGAAUGUUACUAUGAAUAUGCAUCAAGCCCAGAAUGUUUCAACUAGUAUGCAGCAAGUUCAAAACGUUGCAGGUAUGCAGCAAUCUCAAAAUAUUUCAACAAAUAUUCAGCAAUCGCAAAAUGUAACUACUAAUUUACAACAAAUGGGAAAUUUACAACAUUCUCAUGUUCCUGCUAGCAUGCAGCAGUCUCAAAAUACUACAUCUAAUUUACAACAGCAACAACAGAAUAUUGCACCUAAUUUGCAACAGCAACAACAGAAUAUUGCACCUAAUUUGCAACAGCAACAACAGAAUAUUGCGCCUAAUUUACAACAGAAUAUAGUAUCUAAUUUACAGCAACAGAAUAUCGCAUCUAACUUGCAACAGCAACAACCGAAUAUUGUAUCUAAUUUACAGCAACAAAAUGUACCUUCUGCUAUGCAACAACAGAGUAUUCCAAGUACUCAUUAUUCAACUCAAAAUGCUGCUCCUUCAUCUAUAAAUGAGAAUCAGCAACCUAUAUCUUGUCAAACUACUCAAGGAAUGCAAGGCAUUCCUUCUCAAAAUCCUCAAUUGCCCCUUCAAACUCCUGCAAGCGUACACACUUUACCACAAUCUCAAAAUAUUACAAAAGAUCCAGGAAGUGUUACUGUUCAACAAGUUGCUGUUGGAGAUUCAAAUGUGAAAAAUUUACCAAAUUAUCCUGCAGUUCAUUCUCAAUCACAAAUGACUCCAGAAUCUCAAUCUCUCAUGCAACAAAAUGUGCAGAAACAGACUGUAACUGUUACUCCUCCUCAAAGCAUUUCUGAAACUUCUAUAAAGGCUCCAAAUGAAAUUUCUUCCACACCUCAAAUAGGUGAAGUAUCAGUUAAUCAGUCUGUUUCCAAACAGUCUCAAAUUCCAGUAGUAAGCGUGGCACAAACUUCCAUUCCUGCUACCCAAGUAUCGUCUUCUGCAAACAUUCCAGAGGUUUCACCAAUUAGUAUCAAAAAUCCAGAGGCAGUUGUUCCUAGUCAAAUAAUUCAAAAUCAUAUAGAAGCAAAGGAAGUGAGAACUCCUCCGUCUACAAAUUUACAAGUUUCUCAAGAAGUUUUGGCUGAAAUUCCAGCAGUAAAAAAUGAUAUUAAUGGUGAAGAAUCUGAAAGUGUUCCUAGUGGGACCAGUACUGUAGCUAUUGAUAACAAAAUAGAACAGGCAAUGGAUUUGGUGAAGAGUCAUUUAAUGUUUGCUGUGAGAGAAGAAGUGGAUGUUUUGAAAGAAAAAAUUACUGAAUUGAUGGAAAGGAUAUCGCAACUCGAAUAUGAAAAUAAUUACUUAAGAGCAAAUGCAACUCAACAAACUCUUGAACAACUUAACCAGUCGCAACUUCUUCAACAGCAGCAACAAAAUCAGCCUUCUACAGUUUCUAUGAACUCACUUCCUCAAGUUUCGCAACAGACCACUCAGCAACAUCAAAUGAAUAUUCAAAAUCAACAACCUACUUCAUAACAGUCAAUAAAAUUUUCCGUAUUAGUGUACUAAUUGUAUUGGAAGAAAUUUUGGUAGUCCUGCAACUGUGGUCAGUUUUAGAACUACAAAAACGUUAACUUGGAAAAUAAGUAUUUAUUGUAUUUGCAUUUCGUGCCUAUUUCUAUUACUUAACAGUUUCCUGCUUUGGAAAGCCUUAUGAAACUCAAAAUGGUGUAAGGAAAAAUUUGGAAUUUGUGUAAAUAUAUAUAUAUUCUUUUUCUAUCAGUAACAUUUUUUUUUGUUGCUAAAAUUGAAGCUUGCAGGUACAUAAAACUGCUUUUCUCUAUAUUUGACAUGAAUGUUUUUAAACAGUUAAUUUAAUAUGUAUUAGUCAUUAAAAAAAAUCAUCCUUUUUAUUUUUAACAUUAACAAUUAGCAUCCAUUAUCAACAUUGAAUAAAUAAUGUGAAAUGUAUAUUUAUGCAUACAUACAUAUAUAUAUAUAUUUACUGUUACUUAAUUUCAUUUCAAAUUUGUUAAGGUGUUUAAUUGGAUUGGUCAUUUGUUCUGUAUCAUUUAAGAAGUACUUAUAUAAACUGUCACUAUGUGCAGCACUACCAGACAAAUUCAUUAUGCAUAGUAUGUUCUAUAGUAACUGAUUGAAUUUGAUUGAUUGUAAAGUAGUUUAUUGGAUUAUGGAAAUUAAAAUAUAAUAUUAGACUUGCUGCAUACAGAUUAAGACAAUGGAAUAUUCGCUUGAGUAUAAGAAAUUUUAGAAAUUCCUAAUUUAUUCCAUUUUCUGUAUAGUGUGACUUAUUUCAGUAGAUGAGUUUUUAAAAUUAAGGAAUAUUUUAAAGUCUUUUUAAAAUAUUUUUAGAUUUGCCAUUUCUUUUGUAUUUUUCUCAUCAAAAGAUGCUUGUCUCCAAUAACUGUAAUUCCAACCAGUUUUUAAAUUUUGUGUUUCAAGUGCCUGCUCUGGAAUUGUUUAUAGGAUAAAUUAAUUGUAACUUAUUUUACAAUCAGUAUUAAGUGCUUCAAUUUAUUAUGCUUAAAAUAUUAGGUGUAUGCUUACACAAAGUGCUUCAAUGAGAUAUAAAAAACCAUUCCUUAAAUGUGAACGAACAAUGUGCCACAAUUUAUGUCUGUGUCAUGUCUUUUGAACGAAUGCGUGCAAGGGGGAAAAUGUGUUGCUUUCGCUGGACCAAUGCAAGAUGUACAGAAGACUUUUGUAUAUCUUUGGAAAAAACAAAAAAACUGUGUAGCAAAGUGAAAUGUGUCAAAUUCUUACACUCUUUGGAUUGUUAUAAUGAGUGCUGUUGGAUUUGAUGCAAUUGAUCUGUACAGAAACUUUUUCUCACAAGAAAAACAGUUCUGUCAUAAUACGCCUUAUAGGUUGCAAAUUGUGAUAAAAUUAAAUACUGUAGAGGUUGUGGUAUUGUAUAUUGUAACCUUUAAAAAAUUGCCAAGGGAAAUUCAAAGAGAACCACUUUAUAAAAUGUGAUAAGUGUAUUUAAUUCUCAGAGACGUUCUUCUCUUUUUCAAUUACCUUUCUUUUUUUCUUUUUAGUUUCUUUCUUUCUUCUUUUUUUUUCCCCCCCCUAAGUCACUUAAAAAUAGUACAUUCCUUACAACUUACGUUGGUGCUCAGUUUAUGGGUGCACUUUUUUUUUUUUUUUCUUUCAACCUGUUAGGUGCUAUUGUGAUCAUCAGUUUUACCGUUCCUAAUCACAAGUAUUUUCUACUGUGAUGUAUCAUAUGUAGCUCAUGCUUUAUGUAGAACUGACGAUUGAAAGGGCUUAUAAUGUAUAUUAGUAUGUAAAUUAAUAUUGCAUUGGGGCAAAGGAGCUGGGGCCAGUUGUUUAUCUUAGAAAGGGAAGGAAAAAACCAGAAAAACAUCUAUAGAUAAAUGAUAGACAUUUUAGCUUGGAAUUUCUGUGGAACUUUGACUCCUCUGCUUCAAUGCUUUAACAUUGCCACUGUUUAUUUCUCUUACAGUGUGAUAUAGUCAUCAGCUUGUAUAAAAAAAAUUCUGUAAUUCUGGCUUAAAUACUAAAGUUCAUUUUUUAAAGGGAAAAACGACUUUUAUGUAAAAAAAUUAUGUUUUAAACCUUAUUUUGCAGCAAUGUGAUUGUGUUAAAAUUUUAAAAUUAUGUUUAAUUGUGAAUUCUCUUCUAUUGUCUUUAUUUUUUUUCUAUGCUGAAUAAUGUUUUUAAAAAAGCUAUGAAGUAGAUGAAUUUUCAAAAUUCUUGGCAACAAUCCCUAUUUUUUUAAUUAACUUGCAAUAUAAUUAUAACCAUUCUAUAAACGAUGCAAUAAAUAUGCUUUCAAAAAUAGUGCAAUAAUUUAUUUAAUAAGAAUGUGUAUUGUAUAUGAACAUAAUUAAUUUUAAUUCAUUUAUCUUACAUUGGCAUUUUCAUAUAUAAGAUCUUUUUUAAACUAUUAGGAACAGAAUUAAUUAUUUAGGAAUUUUUUAAAAAUGAAAAUUGUAAUAGGGUAAAAUUUUAGAAAUUCCAUAUUUAUCAUAAGGAAAUUAAAAAAAAAUUAUAGCCCAAUUAUCCUGAUCAAUGUGUAAGUUGAACACUUUUUUCCCCACCAUUUAUACACUAAAUUACUUUUUUUAGAUUUUAAUUUUGUAUGCAAGUUGCCAAUGAAAAACUAUAGGUAUAAUAAGUAGUUGAUUGUGAAAAACAGAAAAUAAUGAAGGAAAGAAAAUCAUAUUGAUUGUAAAAAAAAUAAUAAUAAAAUUAGAAAUCUGGUAUCAAUUUAAAUGUAAUUAAUUUUGGAGAAAAUAAAAGGUUCUAAUAUGACUUAUACAAAAUAAUAAUAAUGGUAGAUUGUUUUGAAAAAUUGAAGUUAUGAUUCAAGUUAAUUUUUUAAAUAAACAAAUAAACCUAGUAUAUUUGAACAAGCAGUAAUGUAAUU